GAUGCUAGCGACAGCGAUCAGUUCAAUUUCAGCUUUGGCAGAAGCUUACGUCUUGCGUUUCUGUACUUGUUUGUAGCGGGGAAUCCAUUCAACGACAUCGGCCUUUUGGUAAAGAUCAUACGCGACUGUUGAGAUUGUUCGCAUUUUCGCCGUAAAAAUGAGAUUAGUGUAUAUAACCUGCGUUUUAUUAGCUACGGCAAUUUGUUCCAUCGCGGCUGACAAUGCUGCUACGACCCAAGGAGAUACUAAAUCUAUCAAUCAGCAGACAGUGGAUCUAGUCAAUAGUACUGCAUCUAUUAAAAAUUCCUCGAGUCCUGCUGCACUAGUUAAGGAUUCUAGUACCAAUGUAACUAAAAAUGUAGAUGUCAAUGACAAUAUUACCAGUACCAUUGCUACUAUUCCUGCUACUAACACCACUAUUGGUAACAAAACAAAAACCGAUACUGCUUCUGACAAUGAUCAUGGUGCAGAAUCCACCAAUUCAACAACAACUACGAUAACUUCAAUACCUACAGCUUCGUCAAUAACAACCAAACAAACACCUACACCUGAAAACUCUACAUCUACGACUAUAGUUACACCUACUACUACGAACAAUACAACACCUAUCGUUUCAUCAACACCUAUAACUACUCCAGUUCCAUCAUCGACAAAAAUUGUUCCAUCUUAUACACAACGACACUUUGAUGGACUUAGCUUUUUAGGUGGCAUCAUUUUAGCUACGUGUUUAAUGGCAAUCAGUUUUGCCACUUGGAAAGUCUAUAGAGCAUUCAAUGAACAAAACUACCGCACACUAUGAUACAGAUAUUGUCAUCGCGAAAAUUCCAUUUUCCAAUAAGUAAAUGCAGUCGUUCGAACUGGAAACUAUGAAUUUUACCAUAAUAAUAUUACGUAUUUUUAUAACGCACUUAAGUGUCGCGUGGUUUAAGUGCUCUUAGUAAUGUGAUGUGCAAACGCGAAUUUCGUUUCUUUGUACCCAAUUACAAAGACGAGUUACACGCAUUAUAGUAUUGUCUCUUCGUAUGUUCGCAAGCGCAUUGUAAUAGUGUUUAUAUUUAUGAAAAAGAAAGAACGAAUACUAUGUGCAUAGAAGAAAGGAAAAAGUAAGAGAAUCUUGAGGACGUGAGAGGAGGAGAGAAAUAGAAAAGCAAAUAUAGUAUUACUAUGCGCAUGCGUAAUUUGCAUACGCAAGUUGACGACCAAUCAAAUACACAUUCCAUCAAAAAGAUCAAUUUUGCACUAUAACAAGUCCACGUAAUAUUUUCUGCUCAAAUGAAAAUUAUUUCGUAAAACUCUUCUAUUUUUCUUUUAUUGAACUCGUUUAUCAGCUGUUGCCAUACAUAAAAACAAUGGUUAAAAUAAUAUAAAAACGAUGAAAUAUACACAGAUAUAAAGGUUCCUAUGUGUAUAUUUAUAGCAAGAACAAAAUAUGUAAAAGGAUUAAGUAUGAGAUGUUUAAAAGAGUUCGAUUAAAGUUUAGGAGAUUUGCACAUAAAUAAUGAUAUGGUAUGAACGAACUCCAGUAUGAAAUAUUUUCUAUGAUUAUAUUCUUCAAUAUUACUUUUCUCACUAAGAUGACAUUUAAUUAUUAAUUUCGGGUGUGAAGAAUAUUUUAUAUUCUAAGGGUAUAAGGGUCGUUCGUACGUAUAAAUUAUAGAUGCUCCUGUACAUGCCUUCAUUAAAUGAUAUUCUUGUUGAGGAAUUUUCGUACGAGUCAAAAAA